AUGAAUAACGAAGUAGAUAACCAAGAAUAUCCUAAAAUAUGUCGUAUUUGUUUAGAUCCUAAUAGUGAUGAAGAACUUAUUUCUCCAUGUGGAUGUGAUGGACCAAACAAGUGGGUACAUAGAUCAUGUAUUAAUGCUUAUAGAAUUUUUUGUAAUGAUCCUGUUGCUUUUGGCAAAUGUUUACAAUGUGGAGUAGAUUAUACAUUUAAACAUGUUGUUGAACAUUCUGUUUCUUGUUUGAUUACAAAGUUUAUUUUUAAAUUAAUUUUUCAAAUAUUAUUCUUAUUCAUUGCAAUUUGCUUAUUUGUAUUUGUCUCUGGAUUAAUUCCUUAUACAAUUGAUAAUUAUUCUACUCAUUAUUUCUUAUCAGAAAAUGAUAGUACUUGCCAUUUUUUCUCUGACCCUUAUUUCUUUGUUAGAGAUAUGGUUUUGGGUCUUGGGUUAGACUGUUUUGUUUUAGGACUCUGGAGUAUUUGUGGAAUGAUUUCAAGAUGUCUAUGUGGAGAACAUAAAGAUACUGAUGAUGAUGAAUUGUCUCAUACUGAUGCUCAACGUUUAGGAGCUUGUUGUAGUCUUUCUUUAUGUUGUAUGCCAUUUAUUUAUAAGAGAUCUAUAUUAUCAAGGUAUGGAUGUUGUUAUGGAUGUUUUAUGUUUCCAAAUACCUGUCCUAAUUGUCAUGAUUGUUUGGGAUGUGGAUUAGCAACUUGUAUGUGUUGUGACUGGUGUGCUGAUUGUUGUUAUGUUUCUCCUUAUCAUCGUUCAAUACAUAAUGAUAAUUGUUGUGCGUUAAGUAUUUAUCUUUGUGCUGAAGGGUGUAGAGGUUGUGCAGACACAUGUAAUGCAUGUGAUGCAUGUUUAAAAUGUGAUUGUGGUAAUAGCUAUAAUAGUUGUGGUAAUUGUAAUAAUUGUGAUUGUUCUGGAUGUGGAGGAGAUUGUAAAGGAGGAAGUAGUGGAUCAGGCAUAGGAUUAAUAGGAAUUAUUAUAUUAGUAAUCAUUGGUAUUAUUGUUUGUAUAGGUGCUAUAGUAGGAGUUAUUGCCUUAGUUGUACUUCUUUGUUAUCUUAUUCGAUUAAAUUACAGUUAUAUAAAGAGGCAAGCAGAAUCUGAAGUUUAUAUCAUUGAUAAUUGGGAUGAAUCAAUUCACCCAAUGCCAACUCGUAAUCCACCAGCUCCUGUUUAUUAUAAUCAACAACCAACAUAUGAAGCUCCAAUAAUAAAUCCACAAACAAUUAAUAUGUCAGUAUUUAAUCAACAACCAGCUGAGCAAGCUCCAUUAUUAGGAGUUGAUAUUAAUACUACAUCAGCUAGUAUCCCACCUCCAUCGAAUCAGUAUUAUUAA